AUGUUUGCUAAAGCUUUAGAAUAUUUUGCUAAUACAAACCCAACAGAAAGACAAUUUAUACCAAAGCAGAGGUCAUCAAAAAAAUUGAGUAAAAUAGUCCCCUAUGUAAAUAAUAUUUUAUUGCCACAAUACAUCAACAGCGAAAUUGAAUUUAAAACAUUUCAGAAUUUAGUGUACUGUGGAGCAUGGACUUCAGCUAACCUCAACGGAGCUAAAAUUGAAAUAGCUGUACAAGUUGAUAAUCCGUUAGGACCUGAGAAACAAAAGAAAUAUAAUAAGCCAAAGUGGGAACAAAGAUUAGAAAACAAAAAAACUACCCAUAACCAAACAAGUUCAUGGUAUCCACUUGGCUUUGUCCCGUGGGCAAAACGGGAAGAAACUGGAUAUUUGGCGUACCGGGCUAGGGUGCAUCGUCUUUUUGCUGAGCUGGAGCCAUCUUUAACCGUCACAGAGCAAAACCUGGCAGACCGAGUUCGGUAUAUCUUGCGCUCAAAUAUAUUUGAUGUCGCUGAACUCGAACGGCUACGACGUGAGACUGCUCCCUCAUCGGAUGUAAAUGCUACGGCUGAGGAUGCAGCGCCACAAAUGAUAGAGCAACCCGCAAACGUGGAUGCCGCCGUUAAUACCUCAGUUAUGGUUGAUUCAAACGAUGAUGGAGCAGUUGCCCAGGAACUGGAAUUAGAGCAUAUGAGGAGUACAUUGGAAGAGGCGAUUGUGGAAACGCGCAGUACGCCUCUCGAAAAUCGACCGCGACUUCCCCGCAUAGCCCUAAGCAAGCGGAAUCGGGCUGUCGUGAGGGCUCUGAACCCAGUGCUGUUGACCUAUUUGGAAGCCAGCCGGGACCUUUGCGAGACGGACUCAAUUCUUUUUGGCGCCGCGCUGGCAGUCUGCCGUAUCAUAGGUGCCAAGGUUUCCACGAUUGGACGCGCUACUGGCCAUAGUAGCGCUAUCCCAGCAUAG